AUGGAGCGCCGUCUUCUGGAUAGGCUUGAUGACGUGGAGAAGGAGCUUCGUCGCUCGCGUGCGGGGUCGGCGUCACCAUCAGCUCCUCGCGCUGCUCCCGUCGUCCCUCUCUCCGCGCUCCUGCCCCACAAUCCCUUUGGAUCCCCGGCGCGUUCAGAGCGGCCGCUGCCUGCGGGGAUGGGCUUCGUAGGUGCUGGUGGCGGGCCGCCGUGGGCUCAGUUUGCUCCGCCGCGUCCUCUUCCUGCUCCGCGUGAUCUCGCCGUGUCGUCUCACCGUGCCCGCGCGUCUGCGUUACUUCCGCCGAUGAAGGAAGUUCCCACGGCGACCCUGGCCCGCUUAUGGUCGCUGGCGGCGUCCCUGCAGAGCCUUGAGUGGAUUCUCCAGGAGUCAUUUGACUCCAUGCCGUUGUGGUUGAACACGAGCGGAAUGCUCGCUGCGGUAGAGGCGGACCGCAUGUAG